AUGAGCGGCGAAGACCCAUACAAGAAAUAUGCACAUCUGCCUAUUCCUUCAUACGAAGAGGCUACAUCGUCGCGGCCUUCAUCUUCGAAUACCGUCAACGAGACAAGCGACGAAACAGAACGACAAGGUCUAUUAGGGAGACAGCCUGGUCAAUCAGCCCGCAAUGGCGCAUACCGACCACCUACCGCUGAGUCACCACGACCGAGCGAAGACAGUGAUUUGUACCUUCCAGAGGUGAAUGGCGAAAGCGAUGACGAAGAAGCCGCGGUACGGCGAGACAUGGAAGAGAUGGAAAUACUCGAGCCCGAAUCAGCAACAAGCCGGCGGCGAGGUCAAUUGUUCGGCAAGCUAUCACAUACUUGGAGCAACCUACCCUCGUUCCGCCGCUUCUCGAUGCCCAAAUUCUCGUCGCUACGCCAGCGCCUUCCCACGAUACCCGAAGAGUUUCGCCUUAGUUUACCAGUUAUUGCUCGCCUGUUUGGUCUCUUCACAAUCGCUGCCCUGAUAUACAUCCUCUUCGCCCUCGAUGUUAUACCCAAUGCUGGUCAUAUGGCUCAACAUUACGAUCCCGAGAGUGUGCGUGCCAGAGUACAAGAGCAGGCUUCAUUAUCACCCAAUCGCAUUGCCGAAUACCUCGAGUAUAUUACCUCAUACGAUCACGUCGCCGGUACAGAGGGCGACUUCUUCNNCCUAGCCGAAUGGGUUCAGGAUAACUGGCGCGCUCAACAUUUGGAUGACGUCAAAAUGCACGAAUACUUUGUCUACAUGAAUUAUCCAGAACCCGAUGGUCGCAAUGUCGAAAUCAUAUCUCCACCAGACAGAAGAUGGACUGCUUUGCUUGAGGAAGAGUCGGUAUUCAAAGAUUCAGGGAGGGAGAAACAACAGACUCUCAAUUGGCAUGGUUAUUCCAAAAAUGGAAAUGUCACUGGUCACCUUGUAUAUGCCAAUGGAGGCUCGCGUGAGGAUUUCCAGCGUCUGAAAGAUAUGGGCGUGGAUCUGAAGGGAGCUAUUGUCUUGGUACGAUAUUACCACACAGAGGCUGACCGCGGAAUGAAGGUCAAAGCUGCUGAAAUGGCUGGAGCUGCUGGCUGUCUCAUCUACUCGGAUCCUAAGGAAGAUGGUUUCUUGAAAGGCCCUGUCAUGCCUGAUGGCCCCUGGAGACCGCGCGACUCUGUACAACGUGGAUCUGUUGCUCUUUCCAGUCUGGUUGUUGGAGAUCCUCUCACACCUGGUCAGCCCUCGCAUGAGGAUACCAAACAUCAGGACAUCAACGAAGACAUCUAUGGACUACCUUAUAUACCCAGUCUUCCAUUGGCUUGGCGAGACGCUCAGCACCUGCUACAAGCACUUAGAGGACAUGGUCAAAAGGUGCCUUCUAGCGACUGGGAAGGCGGUGUGCCCGAUGUUGAAUGGUGGACUGGCGACAAAAACUCUCCAGAAGUUCGUCUCGUCAACAACAAUUUCCAUACUGCCAAACAACGGAUCUGGAACGUGCAUGGUCUGGUUCAAGGCAUGGAGACCCCUGGCAAUAAACUGGUUGUUGGUUCUCACCGUGAUGCCUGGUGUUUUGGUAGUGUCGACUCUGGAAGUUCCCAAGCCGUUCUCAUGGAAGUCGUCACCAUCUUUGGCGACCUCAUCAAACUCGGCUGGCGACCACUCCGCUCUAUCGAGUUUGUCUCUUGGGAUGCUGAAGAGUAUAACUUUGUUGGUUCUACCGAGUAUGUCGAAGACCACAUAGAUUAUCUGCGUCAACACGGUGUUGGAUACCUCAAUGUCGAUGUAGGAGUUUCAGGCCCGAACUUUAGAGUUGCUGGAUCACCACUGUACAAGAAGGCCUUGAUGCACGUCCUUGACAGAGUUGCCGAUCCAUACAAGAAUGUUACUCUGCGCCAACUAUACGACGAGCAGAACCAACAGAUUGAAGCCUUGGGUGCGGGAUCUGACUAUGUACCUUUCCAAUACAUGGCAGGCAUGUCUUCGCUCGAUUUCGGCUUCGAAGGUGAAGAGAAUGGGUACCCGUACCACUCUUGCUACGAGACGUUCGAAUGGAUGACCAAAUACGGAGACCCAGAGUUUCAAUAUCACAAAACACUUGCCACGGUAUGGGCACUCCUGAUUCUGGAAAUCGCAGAUCGACCGAUCAUCCCCUUCGACCUUAACGACUAUGCCGCAGCCAUGACACCCAUCAUCGACGAACUCGAAAACGAAGCCAANAAGACUGCUUCAAAACUCAAUGUCGAUAUCAACACUACUCCUUUCAGUGUUCAACCUUUGAGACAGGCGGUGGAAGUGUUUGUGGCCAAAGCGAAGGAGUUUCAUGAGUUCGACAAUGUGUGGGCGAAUAAAGUGCUUGCCGGCAGUGGCGGUUUCGAAACCAAUGCAUAUGCCUUGAAGCGCAUCGAGCACAACACACGAGUCGCGAAAUUCGAGAGUGAUCUUUUGGAUCUGCCGACGACUGGAGAGACGGGUCCUUAUGGUGUUCCGGGUAGGACACAAUACAAACACGUCAUUUUUGGCCCGCAGCUUUGGGAUGGGUAUGCGGCUGCUUACUUUCCUGCUGUGCAAGACGCUGUAAAUGAUGGGAAAUGGCUGGACGCGCAGGGGCAAGUACUUCGUGCGGCUAGGAUAUUAAGACAGGCUGCUGAGAAGUUGGUUGCGUGA